UAAAGUAAGAAAAAAAUAGGUUUUUAUAUACUAUCGACAACGCUCUACAACAUAGUCAUCUUGAUUUUGCUUGAUUUUGUGAUCAUACUUCGCCAAAAAAAUCUACCGUUACGUGGACUGGCCGUAUUAUAACUCAGUAUUACUACUGAGCUAUAGUACUCAAUCUUGCACUUAAGUUGAUAGCUUAAAAGCGUGACUCAACAAUUUUUCCUCAUCUCUUCCUUCAUGCGUAUCAAAGAUAUGGAGUUUUUGAAUAUUUAGAGUUAAAAGAAGCACAAUAUUUGUCAAUAACGAGCGAUAUGUGGACAUCGGAUGCAACAUUGAAUUUUAUCACGGUGGCAGCGCAGUUUCUUGAUAAAAAUUUUAUUUUACACAGUCGUGUUCUCGAGACUUUAGAUUAUCAUGAUACUCACAACUCUGAUAAAAUACGUGAACGACAAAAGGUGCUGAUCAGUUGGGAGAUUCUUGAUUUGAUUGUAUGUGUCGUGACAGACAAUACAUCAGCAAUGGUCAAGGUCGGAAAAGAUCUAAAUCUCGGCUGGCUCGGUUGUUUUGCACAUUUGAUACAAACGAUAGUAAAAGUUGGGUCAGAUAUUCAUGAUAUCAAAACACAAAUAAAAAACGUUGAGAAAACAGUUUGCCACAUUCGACGUAGUUAUAAAGCUAAGGACAAUCUAAGAGAUGCUCAACAAUCAAUCGGUCUCAGCAGUCGAAAUUUGAUACAAGACGUUGAAACGCGCUGGAACAGCACCUUUUAUAUGUUACAACGUUUUGUCGAAGAGGAACCAGCAUUAUCUAUGUGCUUCACGAACCAAGAUUUCUUGAAUCGAUUUAAAGAUCCAAGUAUCAUCACAAGUGAUUAUUUUACUCUAUUGUUUCAAACCGUCAGAUACUUCUCCUGA